AUGAAUAGUUCUUGGAUGUACCGUUGGUACGAUACCGUUGGCCCGAGCACGGAUAAAGCGGCACGGAUAAAGCUGCCGUCUCACUGGGAUCCAUUAUACUUUCCUCCCCCUGCAUGUUUGCUGCCGGCGGCUGCUGGCGCUGACGCUGGCACCAGCAACGCUGCUGCAGGCCUGCCAGCUUGCAAGCUGCAGCUCCGGCAAGACUCGCAGAACCAGGACCUGUUCUUCUUUGAGCCCAUGGACACUGUCAGCACUGCAGCUGCCACAAGUGCUGGCGUGAACAGCAUGUUCUUCCUGGACCCCGAGGGCAGGCAGAUAGCUGAGCUGAAGAAGUGGCUGGACCUUGCCGAGGAUGAGUACUGUAUGGGGAGACCCAUCUGGCCGCUGUUCAUCAACGGUCUGGUCAAGACUGGCAAGUCCUACAUGCUCAACGAGGUUCUGCCUGCUGUGGCCAACACCUACUACAGCAGCGGCGGCAGUGGCCGGCAGCAUGCUGGCACGGUGCUUUCAGAGCCCAACUUCCUGCGCGUGAACUGCUUGGUCUGCCGUCGCGGCAGGGGCAUCAGUGGCUUCCUUAAGGAAUUCCUCGCUGUACUCAAGCAGAGCGCCGCCAAACAGCAGCUCUCUGCUGCCGCCAGCACGCCUGCACCCAGUGACAACUCGGCUGUCACCGCAGCGGGCGCCAUUCAGGACUUCAUGGAGCGCCUGCCACGGGACCGCCUGAACUUCCUGCUGAUUGACGAGGCGCAGAGCUUUUACCUGCUUACAUGGGCCAUGCCGGGCGACUUUUCGCUGCGCGGCACAACACUGGAUGUGGAGGAAGUGCAGCUCAUGCGGUGCAUCUUCAAGGAACUCCUGCUGGACAGCCCCCACUGGGUCGCCUGGGCCGUCACGGGCAGUUCCAUGGCGACGCUAUGGGCCAAUGUUGCAGUCACCCCAACCAACGGUGUUGCCCUAAUCACGUACCACUCCCAACUCAACCUGAGCCCCACGGUGUCCAAGGGCAUGCUGCAAGUCGCCUGGGAGCAGCUAAAGGCCCAGGCCGCGAGCUGGGAUCCGCCACUGCCAAGCGACCUGGUCUGGCAGUCACCACAGCAGAUCGCCAUGCUUGCAUACUUGUGCCAGGAGUGGAAGGGGCAGUUAGGGACGGCUAUCACAGCUGCGAAGCUGGUCGAGCAAACCCUGACAGGAAAGCUCAUUCCCGAGGUGCUGGCAGACAUGCGCAUGGUACUGCAAGUGCUGGGCCAGCCUACUUCACAGGUGCUGCUCCUGCGCGAGCUGGUGGACACAAUGGCUGGAGUGGAGCACGCCAAGCUCCAGCUGGUGUUCAAGGCGCUGCUGGCCAACUUCACCACCGAGCGAAACGGCAGGCUGUAUCUGGAUAACCCGCUAUUUGCUCAGGUGCUGCAGGCGGCCACCACGGAGUCUGGAGAGCUGUUGGACUCAAUCACCGCCAUCCCGUCGCUCAGCUCCACGAUGUUCAGGGAGCUGGUUGUGCUCGGCGAGCGCUGCAAGGACAAGGACUUCGACAUUGCUGAACUGAGCCCAAGAACUUGA